AUGUCCACAACAAUCGCCUUCCUCGGAGCCACUGGGGGCUGCGCAAACGCCUGUCUAGCUUACUCCCUCCGCAGUGGCUACGAUGCCAUCGCCCUAGCCCGCACACCAGAAAAACUCACAACCCAACUCCUCUCCCAACCAGGUCUAACCCAAGACAUCCUGGACACACACCUACGCAUCGUCCAAGGUGACGCGCGGGACAUCGAAACAGUCAUGAAGACACUCAUCGUGUCCGAAGAUGAACACAGCACAACACUCGUCUCCCUCAUCGUCUCAGGUAUCGGGGGCACAGGCGAACUAGUCAUGACCAAAGCAUCACCCUGCGAUCAAAUCCCCAUGCGUGUCCCGACAAUUCCACACAUUAGUAUUCCGAAUCCGCAUAUCACGGAGGAAAGUACUACCGCACUACUCGGUGCGCUGCGACGCAUCGCGAAGGAACGAUUCGCUUCUUUCAGCGACUUUGCAGCCGUCGCGCCGCGAGUGACGAUUAUUUCUGGCGCGGGUAUCAAGAAGGGCGUCAAAGAUGUGCCUAUGCUAUUCAAGCCCUUGUAUGCGGCAUUGGAUAUCCCGCACAAGGACAAGAUGCAGAUGGAGAGGUUAUUGGCUGGGGAGCAGGAGAAGAAGGAGAGUUUGUUGUGUGGGGGGGUAGUGAUUGUUCGGCCGAGUAUUCUUGGUGGGGAUCAUAAGAUUGCUGAGCCUGGGACGGACUCGGGGUAUAGGAAGUUGAGGGUUGGGACGGAGAAGAAGCCUGAGGUUGGGUAUACGGUUGGGCGGGCUUUGAUUGGGGAGUGGAUUUAUCGGGAGGUUGUGAAGGGGGGUGGGGAUAAGUGGGUGGGCGAGGGUGUGAUCCUUACUGAGUAG